AUGUCAUUUUUAAAAAGAUUAAUUCAAAAUAAUAAUAAUAGUAAUAGUAGUUCAAUUUUAAAACAAACAUUCUUAAACUUUACAAAUAAUAAUAAAAGAUCAUUGUCAUCUUUUAAUUUAUCACAGUCAACAAUAACAACAACAACAACAAAACUCAAUAUAAAUAUCAGUAAUAAUAGAUAUAGUAGUUUCCUAUUAAAUAGAAAUAGUCUAUAUAAUAAUAAAAAUGUUUACGAUUUGAAAGUUGGAUCAAUUAGAAUGUACAGUAAUGAUAAUAAAAAUGAUAAAAGAAGAUUCGCAAUACCCGUAGAGUCAAAAGAGGAAGCAAAGAGAUUAUAUUUCAGUUAUGUUUUGAUGUUUUUAGCUACCUGUGGAUUAUACUUUUAUUUAUAUACAGAGUAUUUGCAAUAUACUAAAAGAAAAGAAAUAGCACAGCAAUUGAGUGAAAUGAGUAAAGAGGAGAUUGAACAGAUGUUGGUACUUGGCAGAGCCACUGAAAUCUUAAAAGAUCAAAUCAAACAGGAACAACUACAACAACAAAAAGAAGAAGAACAACAAUCGGCAAACACUUCAUCAAAUAAAUCAACAUAA